AUUCGUUAUUGGAUCAGUUUCGAGCUCCGCGGCUCGCCGUACUACACUGUAACCAUAGCAACAGCUGUACGCUGCCAAACUCGGGCUACGUAAACGGAGCAGAGCGAGGUGUUGGAGGAUAAUUUUUGAUUUUUUCCCGGAGUUUGAAGGCCAGAAACAACAUUUAUUGAACAGGUUAAACUCCUGUUAGCGUUAGCUCGGUGUUAUUCGUAAACAAUCACCGCAGUAAGUUUUUAAAAGCCUGCUUUCAGUAUUUAAAACUGCGUUUAGCUAAAACGAAGUAUGUUGUGAGGCAGAAAAAAAAUUAAGUGAACCGGUGAUGUUCACCUUUAUCUAUGUGGUUAAGUAAGAAUCUGACGCAAGAAAAAAUUAGAAAUGGAUUCAGGUAAAGUUAUGCACAGGAGAAAGCCGGAGAUUCCUGUGAUCGGACUCAGAGCAUCACAGAAGAGUCAACAUGUACAGCAGCAGGUCAGCGCUAAAAGUCUUGAGCUCAGUAAAGUUAUUCGUCUCCUUGAAGAUCCUCUGACUGCGAACCUGAAGGAGAGGCACCUGUUUGUCCUGAAGAAACUGCUGAAGAGAAACCAGAUUGGUUUUCGAUUGAAGGAGCUUCCAGGCGUUGCCAAAAUCCUGAACAUCUGUGCUGAGAAGGUGAAGGAUCAUCCUGAGUAUGGAGCCGUUCUGUGUGAAGCUCUGAACAUCUGCAGGCUUCCCUUCCUGAAGGAGAAAACGUCGGAUGAGCUGAACUUCGCUCAGGACGUCAUUGACUUCCUCUCUCACAUCGGGUUUCUGAUGAGAGUUUCUGAUACAGAAGUGAGGCAGAACAUACUAGAAUGUGUGAAAUCCUUCUACAGCUGUGUGGCUCCCAAACAGCUGCUCGACGGUACGGACCGACCCAACAAGACAAAGCCUCGGACUUUCCCCUCUAACUACAGAUUUUCUAGAUUGUCGCUAAGACUCCAGCCCACCUCUCCAGGCUACAGACUGCAGCUGCUGCAGCACAGCGACCUUCCUCAGGCUCUGCUGCUCUCCAUGGCUGCUGUGGAGAACCAGCCGGACAUCAGGCUGCAGAUCCUCCAGACCCUUCAGAUCCUCUCCAGCUCCUCCGAUAUGAACUGUGCUUCCAUACUGAGGGCCAGAGGAGCGGAGACGAUCUGCCUCCACAUGAACGAGCCCGACCCGUCCGGUCAGGUUCUUUUCCGUUCGUCUGAAAUCCUCUGGAACCUGCUGGAGAGAAGCAGCAAGCAGGAGGUCACCGCUCAGCUCUGCAGCAUGGAGUGUGUUGUAUCUCUUAAAGAAGCAUUUUUCCGCCAGCUGCUGAAUACUUCUCAACAUCUUGACCUCCAACUCAGGAACGACCUGCUGGUGAUCACGUCUUUCAUCGCUGAAAAUCCAAACUCUCUGCUUGUUGAGAGUUUAUUUGCCAAGCAGCUUGUGGUUUUUGUCACUUUUCCAGAGCUGAAAACCCACAGCCAUCUGAUCCACAACCUGAAGCUCAGCUACAGUAACGAAGACUUGAAAAUGAAGAAGUUGCUGCUGAAUCUGUUGGUUUUGAUGUCGAGGGACUCUGCAGCCCUGCAGCUGUAUAAAGAAGAGCGAGUCAUGUUGGCUCUGCUGACUCUGGUGAAGCCUCCUGCUGCCUCGUCCGAGCGCCGGUCGGGUUCACGUGGUUGGUCGGCCGUCCAGCAGGAGGAGCUGCAGCUGCAGGCGUUAGCAGCGCUCGCCGCCAUCGCUCCGCUCAUGAUGGACGACUACAUGUCCUGUCAGGGGAACACCUGUCUGCUGCUGCUGCUGGACUGGUGCGUCGGACCAGAUUCUUACUUUGGUCAGGGUCACAGCUUCCACAGCUCUGGAGGUCGAGGCAGUAAACGGGCUCAGAUGCGACGUUGCAUCAGAGUCCUGCGAUCAGUGACGUCUCUGGGAGAAGAAUCUGUGAACCAGGACCUCUGUGAUCAGGGAAUCAUCAGCCAGCUUCUGGGGAUUCUGAUCCAGAUGGAUGCGAGUCCAGAUGAGGAGGACAUCGUCUCUCUGGAGAUGAAGUCAGACAUUCAGCUGAUUCUUGCAGUGCUGUGUGACACCGACAUGCACAGAAAGGAUCUGUUUGGCUCAGAGGGAGUCGAGAUGACCGUAAACUUCCUGAAAAAAGGCUCCGAUAAAUUCUACAGCGGUUUAGGACACAACAAGCUCAUCCUCUCCACAGUCGACUGUGUUUGGUCCUGUAUUGUCGGCUGCUACACCACAGAGGAUUAUUUUCUGGCUAAAGACGGAGUGCUUCUCCUGCUCGACUUACUCAGAACGAGCCCCAGAUGUGUCCACGGCAUGGUCCUGGCCACCCUGCUGGAGCUCUGCGACAACCCCAACACCGUGUCUCACAUCCUGGACUGGAGGGACGGCGGCGGCCAGACGGCAUCCAGACUGCUGCUGCAGCUGUGGAGGGACGAGGAGGAGGAGCUGGGCCUGAAGAGGAACCAGCAUGGAGGCAUCACAGAUCCCCAGCAGCCCGUCCUCCGUCCUUCCCAUCAGGACGACGUCCAGCCGUCCAUUUUGUCUCACACAUCGAGUGCAUCAGUUCUGGAGAUUUCAGAGAACCUGCGCUCAAAGAUUUACUCCAUCUUCUGCAAACUUGGUUUUCAGGAGCUUCCUGGAUUGUCGACCAAAGACUACGUGACUCUGAGCAUCGUCAGGAGAUAUCUGGACUUUAAGGUCGGUGAGGUUUGGGACGAGAUGGGCAGGGAGCUGAGUCUGGACGGCGUGAGGCCCAUCAGUCCGGACCAGGAGGCUCUAAACGCCAUCUGUAGGAUGACAGAGGACACGGCGAGGAGGAUCAUGACCGAACAAAGCAGCAUCGUGGAGCAGCAGCAGAAAGAGGAGAUCAGCGAGGAGCAGCUCCUGUAUACAGAGAUAAAGUCCCACUGGAAGCAACGGGAGCUCAUGGCCAAGUCAUGGGAAGAUUACGUUGCCAGGACUUCAAACUACGAGAUCCUGAAGGAAUUAAAAGCACAGAGAGGGAAGUUCAAUGAAUCAUCUAAACCCAAACCAGAAGACGAAGACGCUGCUGUUGGUCCUGCAGAGCACUUCGUCGCUCACAUCGUGUCGUCGGAACGAACCGAAUCUCGGGGACCUGCAGGAGUGAAGGUGACACUCGGCAGAACCUCAUUAAAGUCUGCAGGUCAGAACAGAACCGAGGCGAAGACACGAGACCCGGAGUACUUCAGCACAGCGUCUGUCAGAGACUGAAGGACUCAUUCAACAUCAGGCCUUUACUUGAUUAAAACUACUAGAUUCUAUAUCUUUAAUGCACUGAACAUCCAGAACAGACUAAAACCUAACAUUAACGUGGUUACUUUUCUAGUGUGCAGCUCUUCUUCUGGGUCUGUAGAUAUCCAGUGAAUUCACAGACAUGAGGUCAUCCAUGUGCACAAUCAGCACCUUGUUGUCUCGACAACUACUUAAACAGACACACACAGUUUCUAUGUGAACAUUCAUUUACUGGACAUUUAAUCUUGUCUUAAAUCUUACCUCUAAAUCAAAUCUUUAACCAAAAGUGGACACAAUUCCUAACCAUAUGAAGGUGUUAACCAACACACACAUAAUACAAAUACACACACAAUUGUAGUAAACUAGUUGAUCUUUGUGGUCAAAUGUGUCUUAUUUCAGCACAGUAACUCAUUAAAAAGCCUUUUUCAGUCAGAAUUCAAUUAACAUCAAGUCAAAUUUUGCUAUAAAGCGCAUUUAAAAUGUGCUUGAAUUGACCCAAAAUGCUGUGAAAUUAUAAACAACAACCUGUAAGACAUAAAACACAACGACUUGAAGACAAAUCUGAAUCAAAACACAUUAAAAUAAAGUAAAAUAAAAGAUACAACACAAUAAAAAAUAACGCUCCACUUGGAUUAAAUUCCAAAGAAUGUUCAGCAGCGACUUUAAAGUUUCUGAGAGAAUGAAUACACUGCUGCUGCCUACAUGUUCACAUUUUUCCCAUCACUUUUCUAAUCAAUAAAUCAUACAAAUACCUUUAUUUGUUUAGCAAUGCUACAUGCAUCACAUAUAAAAAGUGCAAUUUAAGAAAAACCUUACAAUACAUAUACAAAAGUACAUAAUAAAAGUAAUAAAAUAGCAGGUGUAAUACUGGUAAGUUACAUAAAAUUGCAAAAGAUAUUUAAAGACAGUGUUUAGUGACUGUGGGGAACAUUUAAGAGAACAGAUUUAGAGAAUCUCAGGGAUCUAUAACUUAGUCAACAUAUCAGAUAAAUAGUCAGGAACUAGUAGAUUAAAAGAUUUAAAAACUAAAUUGAAUUAUGAAAUGAGCAGAAAGCCAAUAAAAAGCCUUUAAAACCGAAGUAUUUGCAUUUGGUUUUGGUGCAAAGAUGCAAAAUUUCUAAAGAUUUCUUGGGCGUUUUAAUAGAAAUGAAGUCUGCAAGAAAUAGUACAAGCAUGAAAAGGUUAAAAACUCUAUUUUUAGUGAUGUUUCUCAGCUGAGAUCUAAGUUGAAUCUGACUUUCUUUAUCACCAGUGAUGGUCAGACCUCUAACUGUAAUCUUUAGACAGGUUUCUGUAGCAACUCAGGCUACGCUAAAGACUAGUGAUGGCGAGAUGAAGCUUCAUGAAGCACUGAGGCUUUCCAUCCAACUGGUUCACUCAUGGUUCGAAGCUUCAUGGUGCUUCAUUUGCUCUACUGCGCCAUCAACUGGACAAAUAAAACAGGCAGAGUGCCUAUAAUGACACACUAGCUUUGCUAUGUGAAGCUGUGAAUUGUGCUUAAAUGAUAAUGCCAGUAAACAAGUAAUAUACUUAAUAUAGUGUCUGCUUUUCCUGAUAGCAGGAACACAGGGGGAAAUGGAAACAAAUUGGAGAGAGAUUUGAGAUUUGUAGCUUGAUUGCUUGAUUGAUGUCAGGUUCUGGCUUUCUGUAAAGUGCUUAGAUACUUUUAAUUGUAAUAAGGGCUAUAUAAAUGAAAUUUAUUGUGCUUUU